UACGAGGCAUCACAGAUCACAACACACGCGUUUAGGUGAAGUGCGCAAUGGAGAGGUCCGUCAGAUCCGUGCUGGUGUUCGUGGCUGUUUCCAUCCUCAUCUCGAGCCAUCCUACAGACGCCUGGUACAAGCAGUCCACCGGGCCGAGCUACUAUUCCGUCGGGAGAGCCUCGGGUUUGCUGUCCGGGAUCCGGAGGUCGCCGUAUAUGCGCCGAUCUGAGACAGAAUCAGAGCAGGACAGCAGCGAGACCCCCGGCGUCUCCAACAGCGUGAUGCCCGACUUCAGCAGCAGACAAACUCCAGUCCUUAAAAACAUGGCCAUCUGCGUGAAGGACGUUUCUCCAAACCUACAGAGCUGCGAGCUGGUUGAGGACGGUUCGAGCACAUUUCGGUGCAAAGCAGACGUGUUUCUCUCGCUCGAUUCGCUGGACUGCUUCUCCUCCUGAGCGGCACCCGUCUCUCUCCCUCCCGACCCGAACAUCUCUUCCAUUUCAGGAGUAUUUACAGCCAAGGCAGGGAGGCGCGC